AUGAUGGCCGACCAGCCGCCCCCAUUAGAAGCGACGCCUAUAUUGAAUGAAGUGCCACUUCUACCUCAUAUGGUUAAUGGGGACAGCAUCCAACAGGUUAUUCUUGUACAGGUAAACCCAGGUGAAACAUUUACAAUUACAACUGAAGAUGGACACAUUCAGUGUAUUCAAGGUCCAGCACAUGUUCCUAUGAUGUCACCAAAUGGUUCUAUGCCGCCUAUAUUUGUGCCUCCGGGUUAUGUAUCUCAGGUGGUGGAAGAAAAUGGAGUUCGUAAAGUGGUGGUGUUGCCACACUCGGCUGAAUUCCAUCCUUCCAUGCAUCCUCCUCCUCCCCCUCCCCAUGUGCCACAUUACAUGCAUCAUCACCAUGCUUUGCUUCCCCACCCACCUCACCCGGUGUAUCCCCCGGUGCCUGGGACAGGAGAGCUGCCUCCACAGUUCAUUCACCAGCAUCCACCACCCCACGUUUUCCCAGAGCAAGAACCUCGUUCUCAUGGAAGGACAAACUUCAUUCAGCGAGAUGAAAGGAGUCUCAAAAUGCAAGAACACCUGAAGAAAAGACUAAAAGACCGACAAGCUAGUGGCCAUACUAACAAUAAACUUAACAGUCCUCCAUCUUCACCCCAUAAAGUUGUUAAUUCUGCCAAUGCAACAAUUCAGAAUGGAAAUGGCAAGGGACAGCAAGGGGCAGGAGGACUACCGAAGCAGAAGCAGAUAGGAAAAACAAAGGGCACUCCAGAUGCAGAGAUGGGAGAAUCUGACACAGAAUCCAAGAAAUGUGAUGUUCACUUGAGCAUUGGCAAGCCAGUCGUUUCUGAUAUACAAGCAAGAUCAGCCGUUCUGUCCUGGAAUCUCCCAGUUAGUUCACAGAAUGGAGAGAGCCAUAGUCAUAGUCCAGCAGCAUUUACAUUUGAAGUAGCAAUAUCCAACAGUGGUAAAAAUGGAAAAUUUAAAUCUGUCUAUGUUGGAGAAGAAUUAACAAUUACACUUCCUGAUCUCAGACCAGCAACUGAUUAUCAUGCCAGAGUUUCAGCAGCCAGCAGUUCCAUAAAAGAAUCCGUUUCGGAAUUGGUGAGUUUCACUACGGAGAGUUGUGAGCCAGACUCCCCGGCUGCACCGAAGCUGAUUAACAGAACCAAGAACAGCCUGAGCUUGCAGUGGAAGUCCUCAAAUGACAAUGGUUCCAAAAUAACUAAUUUUCUUUUAGAAUGGGAUGAGGGGAAGAACGGACCCUUCAAAGAAUGCUACUACGGGCACCUGAAGCAGUAUAAACUUACCAAACUCGCUCCUUCUACAAAAUACUCACUCAGAUUAGCUGCUAAAAAUGACAUUGGAAUGAGUGGGUUCAGUGAGACGGUGACGUACUACACUGCAGGAAUUGUCCCACCAGCCCCGUCGCCCCCAGUGCUCGUUGAGGCAGGAGUGACCUGGCUGUCUGUAAAGUGGAGCCCACCCGUUGGGGUGUCUGCAGAUGACUCCCUCACGUACAGUUUAGAUGUGGAAGAAGAAGGUUCUGGUUAUGGUUUCCAGACACAGUACAACGGAGAUGAACUCUCGUGCACUUUAAGGAAUCUUAGGAGGAGCACAUCCUAUAAGUUUAGGCUCUUUGCCUACAACAGCGAAGGUAAAAGUAGCCCUAGCGAGGUGGUGGAACUCCGCACCCAUCCUGACAAGCCUGGACCACCGAGUAAACCGGCCGUAAAGGGCAAGAUCCAUCCGCACAGCCUGAAAGUGUCGUGGGAUCCACCCAAAGAUAAUGGAGGAUCAGACAUUUCAAAAUACUUUCUGGAAAUCUCGGAAGCAUCAGCUGGAAGUAAAUGGGACACCAUAUACAGUGGUUCCCAGAGAGAGCACGUCUGUGAUCAUCUCAAGCCUGGCACUUCGUACAGAAUGAGAGUCUAUUGCGUCAGUAAAGGUGGUGAAAGCCCGGCUUCCGAUGUUACGACUGUUACGACGCCAGCCGUUCCUCCUGGACCGUGUCACGCUCCGUGCCUGGCAGGCAAAGCUAAGCCCAAGGAAAUCCCUUUGCAGUGGGGCCCACCGUCUGCAGAUGGAGGCUCCGACAUUACGGAAUAUAUUCUAGAGAUGGCCAGCUCUGAAGAAGAUGAACGCAGACAAGUGUAUCAGGGUCCAGCAUCUGAAUACAGUGUAAACAAUCUACUUCCAGGGAGAACAUACUGCUUCUGGAUACGAGCAGCAAAUAAAGUUGGGUUUGGCCCUCACUCUGACAAAGCAGAGAUCUCCACUGCUCCGGGACCCCCUGACCCAUGCUGCAAACCCCUGAUAACUUGUAAAAGUGCCACCUGUGUGGUGGUUUCAUGGGAGAGCCCGGCGUGCAACGGCGCAGAAAUCGGUGAAUACAGGCUGGACUGGGGACAGGUGGAAGGAUCCAUGCAUAUCGCUUACACUGGCCCUUGCCAGAGCUAUGAAGUGAAAGGACUCACGCCUGCAACCACGUAUUACUGCAGAGUCCAGGCCGUGAACGUCGCUGGAGCUGGGUUGUUCGGCGAGACUGGAGCGGUGACCACCCCUGCAUCCGUGCCUGCAGCAGUCUCUGUCCUGCAUCUGCUUGAAGAAGAUCAAAUGGAAAUUUCUUUUCCUUUGUCAACGUGCCUUGCAAUUCAUUGGGAAGAACCGUGUUGUCACGGGUCAGAGAUCACUGGGUAUAAUAUAGAAUAUGGAGAAAAGCAGGUUGUAACUGUUGGAAGAAGUACAAGCCAUGUUCUUGAGAACCUGCAGCCUGACACUCUCUACAGGAUUAGAAUACAGGCCAUAAACAGCCUUGGAGUUGGUCCUUUCAGUCAUUCCAUUAAAGCCAAAACGAAACCACUACCUCCUGACCCUCCUCAUCUUGAAUGUGUGGUCUUCAGCUACCAGAGCCUUAAACUUAAGUGGGGUGAAGGUCCUAGCAGAGCUUUAAUCACCAACCCUACACAGUUCAACUUGCAGAUGGAGGACAGGUUUGGCAGGUUUGUUACUGUUUAUAACGGUCCUUGUCACACAUACAAGGUGCAGAGGCUCAGUGAAUCCACUACGUACUAUUUUAAAAUCCAGGCGUAUAACGAUGCCGGAGAGGGAGAGUUUUCUGAAGUUUACGCAUUCACUACCACCAAGUCUCCACCCGCAUCCCUUAAAG